UAUCUAAGCUAUCUUAACAUACUAUUGUUAAUUCUGUCUUGUCUUUAUCACAUUAUAUAGGCCCCUACUGUUCAUAACUUGAUAAUAAGCUUUGUUGUUUAUUAUUUCAGUACUGGGACUUGUCGCAUUCACUUUAAAAAUUGAAGAACCAUGAUUUUGCGAGCUGUCGGGGCAUGUCUCCUAUUCGUGUGUGUGAUGGCACAGGACCCCGGGUUCAAUGACACGUGUGUAGAAGGAAAAUACCCACCUCCUGCUCAACGACAGGUGAAGGAAUAUGUUAUCAACCUAGACCUUCCUCCAGAACAAAGAUGGCAGAAACUGGCUAGCGAGAAACGACACGAGAUUGUUGCUCUGAUACUGGAGUUUAAGAAGUUCCUGAUGGAAUGGGCAUCCGGUGAAAUCAUAACUAUCGUGGACUUCUUAGGGGAAAACAUAGAUGACACCUUACCCAAUCCUUACAGAGAUGAAAUCAAAGGGAUGGCAAAUGCUACCGGGAUAUUCGUUGGGGAGUUGUUUGUUUACAACAUAUUCUACGAGCUGUUUACGGUUUGUACGUCAAUAGUGGCACAGGACCCCGCAGGAAAGAUGUACCAUGCCAGGAACCUCGACUUCGGGCUCUUUCUUGGAUGGGAUCCUAAGAAUCGUACAUGGCAGUUGACUGAUGUUUUACGGCCAGCCAUUGUAAACCUGGACUGGCAGAGAGGCGGUAAAACCGUAUUCAAGUCCGUAAACUACGCUGGAUAUGUAGGUGUGCUGACCGCAAUUAAACAAAACAAGUUUACGUUCAGUAUGGAUGAGAGAUUCGGUAUAGAUGGAGGAUAUCUUGGUAUACUUGAAUGGAUACGAGACAAGAAGGGCAGUUGGAUGAGUUUCUUGAGUCGAGAGACAAUGGAAUACGCCCCUGAUUUCGCUGCUGCACGUGACAAACUAGCCAACACCCAGCUUAUUGCACCAGCAUACUUCAUACUUGGCGGAACCAAACCUGGAGAGGGUGCGGUUAUUACAAGAAACAGAGAGGUAAAUGGUACGGACGUUUGGAUGAUGACGGACAAAACGGCUGGUGGUUGGUAUGUUCUAGAAACUAAUUAUGACCAUUGGAAGAAACCUCUGUUUCUGGACGACAGAAGAGAUCCUGCCAAUAAAUGUAUGCAGAAAAUGAGUAUUAAGAACACUGGUUUUGCUGGGCUGUUCAACGUGCUGUCAUCUAAACCAGUUCUAAAUAAGUUAACAACAUACAGUGCACUGAUGCAGGUUGACUCUGGGACGCUCGAGACGUGGCUGCAAUAUUGUCCCGACCCAUGUGAACCUUGGUAGUCAUAGAAACAGCUUCAUUACCAUUUGAAAUUCUCUAUAUCGAAUUUAAUCAUCAAAUUGAUUACAUAUAAAAUGAAAGUAAUAUAAAGAUAAAAUCUUCUGUAAAGGUCUGUGGUAACAGUAAUUUUCGCUAUGUUUUUGCUCUGCACAUAGAAUUACAUUUACAAGAACUGAAGAAUAUGGUAAAAGAUGGUCGCUGCUUGACAGUCGUUACCGUGCAGAUCUUUAUUUCAAAUGUAUUUACAACACUUUUCAUUUAGAAGAACAUAGCAGUUGAGUAGUUUGAUAUGAACAAGUUAUUUUUCUAAAAAAAUGAGCGAAAAAGACUUGACAAUGUUAAGAAAAAUAGCCUAAUUGUAUUUAUUGAGUUUAUCUGAUAUUGUAAAUAAAUUUAAUGAUCUUUUGUA